AUCUGUCAGAGUGGUGUAAAGUCUCCCGUAGAAAGCAAAGCCCCUCAAAGAAUCGUAUUCUUUUCAUCUUAAAGUGAAACAGAAAUGAUGGCGACACAAUGCGGACUUCUGACUGAACGGCCGUCGGAAUUAAAAUGCUACCAUUUCUCCAAUUGAUGACCUGUGUGGAGCCUCUACUCUCCCACCCCCACCCCUCCCCAACUUCCUCUCUGCACCAUGAGUCAUCCCAAGGAAAGCAAGACAUGGACGCCCCAAGAUCACUUUCUGACAGCGGCUGUUGAAUAGGUGUGAUCGAUGAGGUCGGCUCAUAAAAAGGUCAACUGGCCAUACACAGGUUUUGGUGGCAGCCAGGGUCAUAGUGGACUUCAGGGUGGAAAGGUUAACCUCAAUCAUGCUCAUUCUUAUGCAACAAAUGUGCUAUAAUAAAGAGAAAGACUGAAUGGAGGAUAACAGUCUGAGGAAGCAGCGGUACUAUCACUUACAGCAAAAGAUGGGACAGAAAAUAUGAUGGGCAGGAAAUACACAUGAAAAUAAAUAAGGAACCACAACUUUAGAAAACAAUGUAUGCUGCCCCUGUUGUAUUUAUUAGUUACUCUUCUGUCCUCUAACUUUUAGAAUAUUUAGAACUUACUCAGCAUGGAUGUAUAUGAUAGAAACGUGUCAGACCUUUCUGUGGAUUAUUUUAACAAAACUACAACAAUUAAGAUUCUCCUUUCCCUGACAUUGUCCUUGCUGGCAGUGAUCACCACCACUAUUAACUCUAUGGUCAUCACAGCUAUCAUUGUCACCCGUAAGUUGCACCACCCUGCCAACUACCUCAUCUGCUCCUUGGCUGUUACCGACCUCCUGGUGGCUGUCCUGGUGAUGCCCUUCAGCAUCGUCUAUAUUGUGAAGGAGUCUUGGGUUAUGGGCCAGGUGGUGUGUAACAUGUGGCUGAGUGUGGACAUCACCUGCUGCACCUGUUCCAUCCUCCAUCUGGCUGCCAUUGCCUUGGACCGCUACCACGCGAUUACGGACGCGGUGGAGUAUGCCCGAAAGCGGACCUGCCGGCGUGCCACCGUCAUGAUUGCUACAGUGUGGGUCAUGUCCGUGUUCAUCUCCCUUCCUCCGCUCAUCUGGAGGCAUCACCAGACAAGAGGGGAUGAUGAAUGUCUCAUUAAGCACGACCACAUUGCCUUCACCAUCUAUUCGACCUUUGGGGCCUUCUACAUUCCCCUUGGCCUCAUUCUCAUUCUCUACUACAAGAUCUACCGGGCCGCCAAGAGCCUCUAUGUCAAGCGGGGUACUACCAGGCUUAGCAAGCGAACUAUGAAUGGUACUAUGCUGCCUUUGUUCUCUGACAGGGAGCCACAGAGCCCCGACACUCUUAGCCCACAGGAGAAGUCAUUUUCCGAUCUUUCCACGGAGGGGGACCGUGUACGAAUUACCAGUAAAAGCCCCCCAGGUGGGUCCCGUAGGGAAAGGUCCAGCAGGAAGCACAGGGUAUCCAGUACCCGGGAGAGGAAAGCAGCCACUACCCUGGGCCUGAUCCUGGGGGCUUUUGUCAUCUGCUGGCUACCAUUCUUCCUGAAAGAGGUCAUUGUCAACACAUGUGCUACCUGCAGUACGUCUGUGGAGGUGGCUGACUUCCUGACCUGGCUUGGGUACCUCAACUCCCUUAUCAAUCCACUCAUAUACACAAUCUUCAAUGAGGACUUCAAAAAGGCCUUUAAGAAACUGAUGAGGUGUGGCCGUUAUAUUCAAUAGAAGACAAUAAUACCAGUUCAUUUGCAAUACUGUAACGUACAGUAUAUCAUGAAAACUAUCCAACAUAAGUCCAUAUGAAUGCAAACCAAAUAAAACGGCAACAUGAUGUAAAAUCAUUUCAUGCUAACGAAGACAUCAAUCAUUUGAGACUGCAUUAAUCUCAAAUCAAUUAAAAUGUAGUUGAUUUUGAAAAGAUGUUAUCGCUUAUACCUAUAUUUAUACCGUAUAUUUGGCUCUCUCCUGUCUGUUCAUACACAAUACAUGUACUGUCACCUCCUUGAUUAGAAAAUGCACCAGGAGACCAUAUAAUAAUCAUGAUUAGCUAUCCAGUGACAUUUGAUUUGAACAGUACCAUUCAAUGGCAGCAACUGUUAAUUGUCCUAUAUUGGUUAAUUAAAAUCACACAUACUUUUGUUCCUU